CACAGUGGUUAUUGCAAGCGUGAUGGAAGCUGAGGCAACUGCGGGCUUUAGCAGUGUAGCCAUUUGAUGGGAAGCAUGUAUACAGAUGAUAGGAAGAAAUAUGUGAAUGGAACUAAAAAGAUUACUCGCUGUGGAGACAGCAAGGACAUAUAUUGGGUUGAAUAGCCACCUACUCAUUGUAACAUGAUUUUACAAUGCUGUGCAACUAUUUCAAAGAGAUAAAUAGUUUCCUUUGUAUCUCGGCCAAUAUAUUCUCGUUCUGUUUAUCCGGAUAGAUCAACAUUGCUAUUUGUGGGAUAAAAACAGAAAAUGCUGGAAACAUUCAGCGGGUUGGCACCAUUUUCAAAAGAGAAACAGAGUUAAUAUUUCAGGUCAAUGACUUUGCUUCUGGACGCAGGGGCUUCAAUGUGAAACAUUAAUUCUAGUUUUUCCUGCCACAGAUCUUGACUGCUGAGUGUUUCCAUCAUUUUCUGUUUUUUUGUUAGUGUCCGAUUUCCAGCAUCUAAAGUUGUUUUUAUUCUAACUUGCCGUUUUUGGGAACUUGCUUGCAAAUUGCUUGUUGCAUUUCUUUCAAUAGAGUGGUGACUACUCGUUAGACAUAUUAAACUAGUUCUAAAUCAGUCCUAAGGCAAUUUAAUAUGCGACAUAAAUGUGAGAUUUUCCAUUGUUGUACCUUAAUACUAAUGAAUGAUCUCUCAUUUCAGAAAGUUUAGAGUGCCCUGUUUACCCUAUGGACUUAGUGUUUGCAUUGGACAUGUCCGAGGAGGUCACGCCAUCCAUAUUUAACAGAAUGCGGAAGAUAGUAAAUGACUUUGUGCAGGAUCUUAAAGUCACUGAAGGUGCCUGCCCAGAGGGAGCACGUGUGGCAGUUCUUUCCUACAGCUCCACACCAAAAAUGCAUAUACGAUUCACAGAAUUUAGGAAAAAACAGGCUUUACUGAAAGCGCUGGCGAAGGUAAAUUACGAGCAGUCAGCCGACGGCCGAAAUAUCGGACUAGCAAUGAGGUUCGUUGCAAGAAAUAUCUUCAAGCGUGCACGUGGUGGCUUUCUUGUCAGAAAAGUAGCAGUAUUUAUUACCAAUGGCCCAUCUCAAGAGACAACAUCAAUCAUGUCGGCAGCCCUGGAGUUCAAAGCCUUGGACAUUACGCCGGUUGUCAUAUCUUUCUCUAGGGUCCCUGAAAUACAGCUUCCUUUCCAGGUUGAUGACACAAAAACAUUUCAAGUACUUUCUUUGUCAAGAGAUCGGCAAGAAGCUAAGGAACAAUUGCAGAGCAUCCGAUUAUGUACUUUCUGUUUUGAUAAGUGUCGACCAAAUGCCCAAUGUGGACACGUCAUCUCCCCACCUCCUAUUUCAGUCGACAUGGACAUGGCUUUUGUUGUCGAUGGGUCGAGCAACAUGAAAAUGAUGGACUUUGGAAGAAUAAAGGGUUUCCUCAGCUCAAUGCUGGACAUGCUUAUGAUUUCAAGAAGUCCACGUACCCGUGAUAAUCGUGCCAGGGUAGCAUUGGUACAAUACUCACCGGCAGGUUAUUUCCCUCGGGGUCGUCAGAAUCCAGCCAAUUUAGAGUUUGGGUUCAUGAAAUAUAACAGCAAGAACCUGAUGAAGAGAUACAUUGAGGAUUCCUUCAAUAAGUUAGAUGGCCCUCCUGGGAUUGGUCAUACUAUUGAAUGGACCAUAAAUAAUGUUUUCAUGAGUGAUGCAACAGCACGUCGUUAUAAAGUGAUCUUUGUUAUACUUGCGGGAGAAACAAGUUCCUUUGAUAUGGAAAAGCUAAGAGCUGUGUCCCGACAAGCUAGGUGUGAUGGUUUUGUGAUCUUUGCCAUCUCCCUUGCGAAGGAAACAAUCAGAAACAACUUGGAUGAUCUUGUUAGUUUUCCUAUUGACCAACACGCUAUUCGCUUUGUCCAGCUGCUCGAUUCUGAAAUGACUUAUGCCAAAAGGUUUGCCAGGGCCUUCCUGAAUAGCCUCUCACUGAAAAUCAACGAAUAUCCACAUCCAGAUUUACAGGAGGAAUGUGAAAGGGAGAUGGACUUGUAUGAAAGCGAAACUGAAGUGGAAGAAACAGAAAGAGAAUACACUUAUGGGGAAGAAUUUAAAAGCUAUGAACUGAUAUCAGGUGAAAGAGAAGCAAAAGCACGUUAUGAUGAGGAAGAAUUUGAAGAAUACGCAGGAAAAAAAGAAGCUGCGGAACAAAUACACACACGUCACGAUCUUUGCUUCCUCGAAUGGGAUAUGGGAGACUGUGAGGAUUAUGCCUUAAAGUGGCACUUUGAUGAAGAUUUUCAGGCUUGCAAUCAGUUCUGGUAUGGUGGAUGUGGAGGAAAUGCAAAUCGAUUCAAUACCCUUGAAGAAUGUGAAGACUACUGCAUCAAAUCACAGUAGAAAAUGUUUAAUCAGUUAUGGGCAACAAAAUGACUGCUUUAAAUUCUGUAAACUCCAGAGCACAAUGGUCUUACCCUGUGAAUUAGUCAGAAAAUAUCAAAUUUGGUUUAGUUUAAUGAUACAGAGCAGAAACAGGUCCUUCAGCCCAGCGAGUCCUUGCCGACCAUCGAUCACCGAUACAUUGAUUCUAUGUUAUCCCACUUUCAAAUCCUACACACCAGGGGCAAUUUACAGCAGCCAAUUCACCUGCACGUCAUUGGAAUGUGGGAGGAAACCGGUGUACUUGAAGAAAACCCACGCGGUCACAGGGAGAAUGUAAAGACAGCAUUCGAGGUCAGGAUCGAUCCCGGGUCUCUAGUUUGUAACAGCACAUGGAGGAUCACCAUGAGUAACUAGGGUGGCUUUAUUUAGUUAACAAAUGUCAUAAAACAUGGUCCAGUACAGCACCGCAAUGGGCAUUUUGGCCGACAAUGUUUGUGCUGAACAUGAUGCUAAGUUAAACUGAUUUCAUCUGCCUGUACAUGAUCCACAUCCCUCUAUUCCUUGCACUUCCAUGUGUCAAUCUAAAAACCUCUUACACACUACUCAUGUAUCUGCCUCCACCGUCACCCCAGGCAAUGAAUCUCAGGUCUCCACCACUCUCUGCAUAAGAACAUCCUGCCCCAGACAUCUCCAUUAAACUUUCCCCCUCUCACCUUACAGCAAUGCUGCUAAGUGUCAAUGCCACAAAAUGGUUAAUGACAACAGCAACACACUCCCCAAUGCAAAGGUCAUCCUUGAUCAUCCACGGUUCCUUUACCUUGCCAUCCUUAUCCCUCUUCCUUACUGGAACAUGCUGAUCUUGUACUUUGGUCAGCUGGCCUUUAAAUAACAUCCAUAUGUCAGCUGUGGACUUACCCAAUAACAACUGCUCCCAACCUUCCCUCCCUAGCUCCUGCCUAAUGACAUUAUAAUUUGCUUUUCCCAAUUCAGUACCCAUCCAGAUUUAUUCUUAUUAAAAACAAUCUUAAAAUGUAUGCUGUGAUCGCAAUCCCCGAAUGUUCCUGCACCAUAACACUGAUCAUCUGUCUACGCUUGUUUCCCAAUGUAAGGUUCAUUACGGUCCCUCUUUGAAUCGGACUGUACCCAUACUGUUUGAGAAAACCUUCUUGGAUACACCGAACACAUUCUGCCCCGUCUAGUCCCUUUGCACUGCGUAAGUCCUAGUCAAUAUUGGGGAAGUUAAAGUCACCCACUACAACAACCCCGUGGUUCUUGCAUGCUUCCAUAAUCUGUUCUGUAAACUGUAAUAUGUUGAUGUAGUAUCAUGUACAGUAUUAUUGUCUUUCUGUAUUCACAGCCAUUGUCUUAGAGCUUGUUCAUGUAUAUGUUUCAUCAGCAAAAAUAUUACUAUUUGAUUUGAAUAAAACAAAGUAACCUGCAAUUAUAUACACUGGUUUAUCUUCUGUCCAUUCACCAACAUUGCUACAACAUGUUUUGGAAGAAAAGUUGCAUGCGAGCAUAAUCAGUCCAUCAGGAUUGUGUGUUAAUGCACCAAAUUACUCGGAUAAUACAAUACAUGAAUGGGUUCAAGUUCGUUCAAGUGAGUUUAUUGUCAUGUGUCCCUGUAUAGGACAAUGAAAGUUUUGCUUUGCUUCAGCACACAGAACAUAGUAGGCAUUUACUACAAAACAGAUCAAUGUGUCCAUAUACCAUGAUA